CACCAGCAGAAAUGGGCUCCCUUGCUGUGACCGACAAAGAGAGGGAAGGCGCCGAGAUCGUCUACGGACGGGAGGAGUGCCACCGCCACUGCAUGGAGCUGCUCGAAGAGCUGGGCUUCCCGAGGGGCGUCCUUCCUCUCAAGGACCUCCAAGAAUGUGGGGCGGUGAAGGAGACAGGCUUCGUGUGGAUGAAACAGAAGGGCCCCUAUGAGCACUUCUUUGCCGGGACUAAUACCCGAGUGCGGUACGAGGCGGUGGUGACGGCGUAUGUGGAGAAGAAUAGGAUGAAGAAGAUGACGGGGGUGAGGAGCAAGCAGAUGCUGCUGUGGGUACCAAUCACUGAGAUGAGCUUGGAUGACCCGGCUGGGAAGAAGAUAUACUUCAAGUCAGCAGUGGGGAUAGGAAGGUCCUUCCCUGUCUCAGCUUUCAUGGAAGAGGAGCAGAAGAAGAUCGAGGGAGAGAUUGGUGCUUGAAACUGGCAGUUCAAUGUUAUUAGUAUGUCGUUCUAUAUAUGUGAGAAAAUAAUUCCAUGGAACUGAGAAAAGGUUAUUUUGCAUUGGAUAUUGCAUCAAGAAGAAAGACAAUGUUUAUGUUUGUGUUCUAUUUCCUUUGAUCUAUGAGAGAAAUUAUCAGUAUCCCAAGUUCAAGAUUUCCUGUUCAUGAACAGCUAAUAGCAUCUAUAUAAUGUAAGUUUUUCUCUUCUUUUUCCUUUUUGAGAAAUAAAAAAAAAAGAAUAAUGUAAGUUAUGCAACAUUCAUGUGGCAAGAGGAAUGAAAAAUUAUCAUGGU